AUGGAUCCACCUGCCCGCAAAGAAAAAUCCAAAGUUAAAGAACCUGUCAGCAGAGUGGAGAAGGCCAAGCAGAAAUCAGCCCAGCAGGAACUGAAGCAAAGACAAAGAGCAGAGAUCUAUGCCCUCAACCGAGUCAUGACAGAGCUGGAGCAGCAGCAGUUCGAUGAGUUCUGUAAACAGAUGCAGCCUCCCGGAGAGUGAGCCACCCGUGUCCAAACGACACGGCCCCCGGAGGCUGUGCUGGUCAGCUUGUUGCCAGUUUUAGGCUGAGCCGGUCCACU